AUAUGAUGAAUUUCUGGUUUUCUGUUUAUGUUUCAAAAUUGUUGUUCUUUGUUUAUUUGUGCUAAUUGUUACUAAUCAAUUUGAAUUGUUUUUCUUUUUGUGAAAAGAUGAGAUUCAAUUACUAGAAGAUAUCUUUCGAAGGGAUUUUCUCCAAUCAAUGAAAUAUGAUGACAGAUCCAUCUGACUCUUUACCAGAUUCAUUUGCAGCUACAAAUUCAAUUGACCAAAAGCUUGUUUCACUUGAACAAAACGACCAAUCAAUUGAUCAUUCAAUCAUGGAAACCGAAUCAAUUACUGAUUUCGACAAUGGUUCCGAAAUAGCAAAUGAAGAUUCCCAGAAUAAAACUUUACUCAAAAGAUUAGGUCCAGUUAUACAAUCGGAAGAUACAAGACUUUCCUUUGCCGACAACAAUGAAGUUAUUUUGGCUCCACCGGAAUCAGUUGAUAUGAGGCCCAGUUCCUCAUCAUGUCCACCCAUGGGUCACAAGAAUCUAGAAGAAGCCUCAAUGGAUGAAAGUAAAGAUAGUGUUGUAUCAUCUCAAAGUACUUCUUCCAGAAAACGAAAAUCAAACGCUGAUUGUCUGGUCAUCGGAACCGCAAUGACCACCAGAUCAAAAUCAAACGACUCAAAUGGUGCAUUUGUAACCAUAAAUGUCUCCUUUCCUGCCGAUAAACUCUAUGAAUAUGAAUGGCCUACAGGAAGUGGUGACCAUUACAUGUUACAAGAGCAAAUAUCUGAAUAUCUUGGCAUAAAAUCAUUCAAAAGAAAAUAUCCCGACCUGGAAAGACGUACAGUUGAAAUGGAGGAGAAACAAUUUCUCAGAGAUCAGAAUGUUGUCUCGGAAACUCAAUGUGAUUUAGGAUUAUUUGCCCUUAAAACCGAUGAAAUUAUGGAUCUGAUUAGUCGAGAUUAUCCUGCCAAAUAUGAAGAAUACAUGAAAGUAUUGGACAGAAGGAAAGAGGAAAAUUAUGUGGCCACCAAGAUAAAUAAACCCGCUUAUCCAACCGGAAGUGUUGAGAAAAAUAAGAUGAAUGAGAUGAUGAAGAAGGCGAUUAAAUCGGUUACCGCUUACAAUUCUGAAUUAAAUCAGUGUAGAAAAGAUGAGAGACGAUUUUCAAUUGAUCUACAAACCUAUUCAGUUCAUUAUCCAAUUGGUUUGGGUAAAGAUAAUAAAAUGUUAAAGAAAAAUGUUGCCACUGGUAAAUGUUUACAGGUCGGUAAAUAUCCGGUGGCCACGAUUCAUGGACAAUAUCAAGAUUGGUACAUUAAAUAUUCACCUGAGGAAUUGAAAUAUUUCCCGAUUAAUACUGUUCUUUAUGGACCAAUGAUCUCAUCUAAACCUAAACCUGAUGGAGAAGGUGAAUGUUCAUCAGCCAGUGAUUCUGCCAGUGAUUCUGAUAGUGGUUCUGGAAGUGAAUCAGAAUCAUCAUCAUCCAAUUAAUCAUUCAUUUUCUUUUUCUAAUUACUGAUGAUCAUUUUACUCUGACCAUAGUAUGAAACCCAUGGCGAAUCCAUUUUAUUUGUGACAAAUAUCAUCUUUUUUUUUAUCCUCUGUUGUGUAAAAAAAAAGUAAACAAUUUUUACCAAAAUUAAACAAUACAUUUCAAAUUGUCAAAUUAAAAUGCAAUUGGUUUGUUUUCAAACUUUGUUAGAUUCAACUA